UGGUUGAGAAAAAACAAGAUGGCGACGGACAGAAUGCUGAACUGGAGGCUCGAGAGCCGUCACCAUGACAACGUCCACUUCUUCACAGUCUGUGGUUUUGACUCUUCAGCAACGUGUCUGUGGAUCAAUCCCACACAUCUGCUCUGGUCUUUGUGUUCUUCAGGUUACACCAGUCUUCCCUUCAGGUGGUUCGAGUAUCUGAAGGACAGCAAAUCUGUGGCGGCUCCUGUGAAGCUCUUCAGCAAGGACGUCCCUAAUCACGGGUUCCGUCCCGGCAUGAAGCUGGAGGCCGUGGACCUCAUGGAGCCCCGGCUGGUCUGCGUCGCCACAGUGACCCGCAUCGUCCACCGGCUGCUGAGGAUCCACUUUGACGGCUGGGAGGACGAGUACGACCAGUGGGUGGACUGUCAGUCACCUGACCUGUACCCAGUCGGCUGGUGUCAGCUGACCGGCUACCAGCUGCAGCCUCCUGCUGUCACUGCAGGUAACACACACACACACACACACACAUACACCUAAUGAUGUAAUGUAGUGAAGUAAAAGUACAACAUUUUGUACCAAGAACUUAAGUAACUGUACUUCGUUACUUUCCACCACUGCCUGACAUGUAA